AUGGAGUUCAAGCAUCUGGUGGACGCGGCGGAGAAGUGGUGCUCCGGGAACCCGUUCGACCUCAUCUUCGCCGAGGAGGACGACGAGAGGCGGCUGGACUUUUACGCAGAGCCCGGCGUCUCCUUCUACGUGCUGUGUCCCGGCGGCACCGACAGCUUCCACGUGUGGAGCGAGAGCGAGGACUGCCUUCCCUUCCUGCAGCUGGCCCAGGACUACAUCUCCUCCUGCGGGAAGAAGACUCUACUGGAGGUGCUGGAGAAGGUCUUCACGUCCUUCAGGCCUCUGCUGGGUCUUCCAGACUUAGAAGACGACAGUUUUGAGCACUACCACACUGACAUGGAGGGGGAACCAGGGCCGGACCAACAGCAGAUGGGGGUCAGCCAGCAGUGAUGAGACCCAAAAAGGGGGCCCUGCAGCUGCGGGUAGAGCUGAUCACGAGCCCUGGGCCUCUUAUUCAAACACACACACACACACAC